AUGGAUAAGGAACAAGAAGAAUCAACAUCAUCAAAUCAAGAUAACAAUAAUGAACAAAAUGAUGGAUUACCACAAGCUGAUGAAAAACAAUUAGAAGAAAUGAGAAAUUUCGGAGAUCAAGAGCAUUCAGUAAAUGAACAUUCAAAUACAGAUUCAUUGAUUCACCUUCCUCAAGAAGAAACUAAACAACAAGCUAAUGAUCAAGAUCAAAAUGAUGUAGAUAUGUAUUAUAUAGAUGAUGCAAUACCUGCAAUACCUGCAAUACCCGAAGAAACUGCUGCAAAAAUUAAUGAAAAUAAUCAAAACAAGCAGCCACUCGAUAAACAACAACAAGAGGAGCAAGACCAACAAAAUCAAGAAGAUCAAGAGUCUAUACAUGAACAAGAGGGUAUUCAACAGAAACAAAAGCACGAACAAGAAGAAAAAUUAAAGGAAGAAAAUCAACAAAAGCAAAAUGAUGAUGAAAAUAAUGAUAAUGAAGAAGGUGAAGAAUCCGACCAAAAUAAUCAAGAAGAUGACAAUUCCAAAAAACCAAUUGAAGAUAAUAAUACAGAUAAAGAUAUAGUGAAGAAAGAAGAUGAAGAUGAAGAUGAAGAAAUGAGGAGUAGUGAUAGUGAUGAUGGAGAAGUUAAACCGCCGAAACCAAGAGUAUCACUACCAUCAAAACAACCACAGCCAGAUGAAUCGGAUGACAAUUCCUCAGAUGAAGAAGUGAUAUCUGAAAAAGAUGAUGAUGAAGAUAAAGUGAAACAAAAACCAACUUAUAAACAAACACAUUUAAUAGUUGUACCAUCAUAUGCUAGUUGGUUUAACAUGAAGAAGAUUCACAAUAUAGAAAAACAAUCAUUACCUGAAUUUUUCAGUACAAACCACCCCUCCAAAUCACCUAAAAUCUAUGUUAACUAUAGGAAUUUUAUGAUUAAUUCAUAUCGUUUGAACCCAAACGAAUUUCUUACGUUGACUUCGUGUCGACGUAAUUUGGUUGGGGAUGUUGGUGUUUUAAUGAGAGUUCAUCGUUUUUUGAUGAAAUGGGGAUUAAUCAAUUAUCAAGUUAAACCCCAAUUUAAACCAGGUUAUGCUGUUGAAAAAUUACCAAAUGGUCAACUGGUUGAUUUACCAUAUACGGGAGAUUACCAUGUUAAAUAUGAUACUCCAAGAGGUUUAUUUCCUUUUGAAACUGCACCUAAAAUAAAUAUAGAUACUAGUAAAAUAAAUGAAUUAUUAGAAAAUGGUGAAAUAAAAAAAAGAAAAUCGGAAAUAAAAGAAGAACCAAAUAAAAAGCAAAAAAUAGAUGAUAAUUGGACAUCUGAGGAAUCUAAUUCAUUAAUUAAAGCUGUCAAGGAGUUCAAAAAUGAUUGGUAUAAAAUUGCAUCUAAAGUUGGAAAUAAAACUCCAGAAGAAUGUGUUUUAAAAUUUCUACAAAUUCCAUUAGAAGAAGAGUUUGACCCAAUAAAAGAAAAUACUUUAUUAAAGUAUGCAUCAAAUUAUCCAAUAAGCUCACUAGAUAAUCCUGUAUUGUCCAACCUAAUUUUUUUGACCAAACUUGUUGAUUCAGAUGUAGUUAAAGCUGCUUCAGAUGCCGCUAAAAAAGCAGUUGAUGAUUAUAUUAAAAAUAAAGUUGGUCAUCAUGAUAAACCAACAGAUGCAAAGGAAGGAGAAGGAGAAGAUAAUUCACAAGCUUCAGAACAAAAAGAUUCAAUUCAACUGCAAAAUGGAUCUAUGAAAGAGAUUGAACCAACUUCAAAAAAUGCAAUUGCUACAACAUUAGGUGUAAUUGGUGGUCGCAGUCAUUUAUUUUCAAGUUAUGAAGAACGAGAAAUGCAUAAAAUUGGUUCAAGUAUAAUAAAUCAUGAAUUAAACAAGAUUGAAACAAAAUUGAAAAAAGUUGAAGAAUUAGAAAAAAUUUAUGAACGUGAAAGACAAAAUAUAACGAAACAACAAGAAGAAUGUUUUAUAGAUAGAUUAACUUUAACUAGAUCAACGAUUAGUGUUAUAAAAACUUUAGAUAAAGCUAUAAAUAUUUUAGAAUCUAGUAAUUUUGAAAAUAAUAAUAAUCAUGAACAAGUUAAAAAUUUGUUGAGUGAUGCUAAACAAAUGUUAUUUAAACCAAGUAGACAAGUUUUAGAAGAGUGUAAUACAAAUCCUUCGAGUGAUGAAAAAACUAAAACUGAAUCAAAUUCAAAUGAAGAUGAUUUAAAACCAUUAUCAAUGACUCAACCACAAACUUUCAAAGUCUGGGCUUUAUAG